CUGUUUGUUUCCGUUAGCUUUGUUGUACAGUUCGCUUGUUGUUGUGGAGGGAAGAGGCUAGCUCCGUUAGCACCGUUAGCCCCCCUGUGUGUGUGUGUUUGAAGGACAGUUUUCCGUAGUUAUUCGUUCCUCUCGUGGUUUCAGUCAUGGCGUACCAGCUGUACAGAAACACCACUCUGGGAAACAGCCUCCAGGAGAGUCUGGACGAGCUCAUACAGGUGACAUGAUGAACCUCAAACAUGACGACUGUUAGCACACAGCGUCUUCUUAUUAGCAUGUCGCUAACUGGAGGGGUCUGCUGGUUGGUAGGGGUUUAACUUCAGCUCUGAUUUCUCCGAGUUAAAGCCUUGUCCGGUGCUGAAAGAGUGUGGUUUUAUUAACUGUAGUUAUAACAAAGUAAAAAUUAAGUUUUUACUGUUACAUUUGUGAGUUAAAUUGGUCUGAGAAACAACAUUUGUCUGUUUAAGUUGAGCAUCAUCGUCAUGAUUAGUUCGUUAAAGACAGAUGUGAUGGACUUACCACAUCAUCGCAGAAUGCCGACUAUUGACAAGCAUAUUGACCAUGUUUUAUAUUGAUAUCGAGAUUAGUUUUUGAUAUAUAUCGUUAUAUCGCUCAGCCCUACAGUUAAGGAUGAACGAUGGAAUAAAAACAUAACCUCUAAUCUGCCUCUAGGACUCAGUGUCUCAUGAAUUUCUGUCUCAAUAGAAAAAUAAAACAAUCCCAUCUGUAAGUAAGUGGGUUGAAAAAAGACCCCCUCAUUGUAAAAACUCAUCCUCUUCUUUAAGUCUGAGGAAACUUUGAAGUAUAAUUUUUGGUUGGUUUAAAAAGCUGCCUGUGAAUUUUACUCCACUGGAUGUCACUGUGUUAAUCGUUUCUGUUAUUGAUGUGUGUUCAGACUCAGCAGAUCACUCCUCAGCUGGCUCUCCAGGUCCUCCUCCAGUUUGAUAAAGCUAUCAACACAGCGCUCGCCAACAGAGUCCGCAACAGAGUCAACUUCAGAGUGAGUCUUUGUCUUACCCCGAAACUUUGACUUUACACCUCAGGUCCCCCAAAGCUGACCCUGUACACCAGCAUGGAGAAAGUAAAGACUGCUCUGUCUGCAGUCUUCUUUUUAUGCCAUAAACUGCUUUCUGAGACGACUCCCUUGUCCCUGUUCGACAGAGAAAUUCCUCCACUGUGAGGGACAUGCACAGCCCUGACACUGGAAAAUGUCAGGGCUGUGCAGGCAGUCCUGAAAUUUUCUAGAAACUGCCAGGAGUACACGAGUGAAAGGGGCUCCUGACAGAGUAGGGGUUGAAAACGAGAAAACUGUUGAUGUUUCCGCCUCUCAGCUGCUGUCCUCGUCUGUCCUGCAGGGCUCUCUCAACACUUACAGGUUCUGUGACAACGUGUGGACGUUUGUCCUCAACGACGUGGAGUUCAGGGAGGUGACGGACCUCGUGAAGGUCGAUAAGGUCAAGAUUGUUGCCUGUGAUGGAAAGAGUGAGUCGACCCAGAACAAGGUGGAUAAAUGGUGAGUGUAGAAUUACAUAUUUUUACUUUUAGACUUUAUUGAUGAUGAUGAGGAAGUAACUUUUUGUUUAUUGCUUGGAUGUUUGACAACCAAAUUAGGUCGAAAACAUAUCUCUUAGCCAUCACUAUGACAACGUAACGGUAAAUAGAUUCGUCAUUUCUCCUGCACCUGUUUCCUCUGUUUGACAUCAUGUCUGUUGUGAUUCGUCUCUACAGACUCUGGCUGCAGCGCUGCAGAGCAACGACUUUCUCUGACUGUGUGUUGGUGUCAGAUGGAGUCACAGGUGGACCUGGACUGUACAUAUAAUUUAUUAUUACAGCAGAGUCACAGCUGAGAGGUGCGUGUGCGCGUGAAUGUGUGUAUGUGUGAGCGUCAGAGUGGACCAGUGACUGUACCUGCAGCAAAUUUCUUUUUUUAUUAUCAGUUUACAUGAGGUUUGUGUUCAGUUUGCUGUUACUGUUGAGCUGGAACAUCUUUAAUAAAAACUUUAUUUAAAACUCAGA